AUGGCGUCAAACGAUAUUGCUACGAGGGAGCUGGAGAACCCUAUCGACCUCACUGAAUACCUGUUUCGGCGUUUGCACGAGGUCGGUAUUCGCGCGGUCCACGGUGUUCCCGGUGACUACAAUCUCUCGGCACUCGAUUACCUCCCUAAGUGCGGCCUCGACUGGGUUGGAAACUGCAACGAGCUCAAUGCUGGCUACGCGGCUGAUGGCUACGCACGUGUGAAGGGCAUCAGUGCUCUGAUCACCACCUUUGGUGUCGGAGAACUGUCGGCUCUAAACGCCAUCGCAGGCGCAUACUCCGAGUUCGUUCCAGUCAUCCACAUCGUGGGUCAGCCAACCACCCGAUCGCAAAAGGAUGGGAUGCUGCUUCAUCACACACUCGGAAACGGCGAUUUCAACGUCUUCAACAAGAUGAGCGCGGCAAUCUCUUGCUAUGUUGCCCACCUCAAUGACCCUCGUGAUGCAGCGACUCUGGUCGAUAGUGCAAUCCGCGAGUGCUGGAUCCGUAGUCGCCCAGUCUACGUGACUCUCCCCACCGAUAUGAUUGCCGCCAAGGUCAACGGAGAUCGCCUGAAGAAAUCCAUUGACCUGUCUCUGCCCAAGAACGACCCCGAGAAGGAGGAUUAUGUAGUCGACGUGGUCCUUAAGUCUCUCCACGCGGCUAAGAACCCGGUUAUCUUGGUUGAUGCUUGUACUAUCCGUCACCGUGCCCUGGAAGAGGUACAGCAGCUGGUUGAGGCUUCUGGCCUUCCUACUUUUGUCGCACCCAUGGGCAAGGGUGCAGUCAAUGAGUCCCUCAAGAAUUUCGGCGGCGUCUAUGCUGGAAAUGGCUCUAACCCCGGCGUCAGGGAGGUGGUCGAGUCUUCAGACCUCAUUUUGAGCAUUGGCGCCAUCAAGUCCGACUUUAACACAACGGGAUUCACCUAUCGCAUUGGCCAGUUGAACACGAUCGACUUCCACAGCAACUAUGUGCGCGUGCGGUAUUCCGAGUACCCGGAUGUCAAUAUGAAAGGCGUUCUUCGCAAGGUCGUUGAGCGCAUGGGCAAGCUGAACCUCUCUCCUAUUCCACAAAUCCACAACAAGGUUCCCGUGAGCGAGCAGAAUUCAAGCCAGACCAUCAACCAUGCCUGGCUGUGGCCAACCGUUGGCCAGUGGCUCAAGGAGAAGGAUAUUGUCAUCACGGAGACAGGUACUGCCAACUUUGGCAUCUGGGACACUCGGUUCCCCGCCCAUGUCACGGCAAUUAGUCAGGUGCUUUGGGGAAGUAUUGGAUAUUCAAUGGGUGCUUGCCAGGGCGCCGCGCUGGCCGCGAAGGAACAGAACAACCGCCGUACCAUCCUGUUCAUCGGAGAUGGAAGCACCCAAUUGACGGUUCAGGAACUCAGCACGAUGCUUCGGAAUAAGCUAAAUCCUAUCGUAUUCGUCAUUUGCAACGAAGGUUACACUAUUGAGCGAUACAUCCAUGGAUGGGAGGAGCGCUACAACGACAUCCAGCCCUGGGAUUAUGCCGACAUUCCCAAGGUUUUCGGAGCCCAGGAUGGGUACAAGAGCUACCGCAUCAAGACCAGAGACGAGUUGAAGAACUUGUUCGCCGAUAAAGGGUUCAGCAACCCAAGCAGUCUUCAGCUGGUUGAGUUGUACAUGCCUCGCGACGAUGCUCCCGCUGCCUUGAAGCUGACCGCCGAGGCCGCGGCCGCGCGCAACAAAUAA